AUGAAGUUACUCUACUUUUGGACGCUAAUUCUGCUUUGUACAAUUGGCAAGUUUGCAUCCGCAUCGAGUGGUUGCUUACCACCUGAGGCCAAAAUUGUUGAAGUAGGUUUCAAUGUAUCGUUUUAUACAUAUCCUUAUAAGGAUGCUACGCUUAUGGUUGACUUGGACUUCAUGGCAGGUGGUUUCAAAUCUGAAGAAACAUAUACUGGAGGAAUUCUGGGAGUGACCGAUAUCAACUUCAGUUUUCAAACAUCAGCCACUUUCCCUUCAACAGGGGACGUAUAUACCGAUCUUUAUGGUGUAACAACAAAUGUCCAAAACUUUAUGAUGCAACUCGAAGGUUACUUUUAUGCUGAUGUUGCCGGAGAUUAUACUUUUAACUUAAAUACCAUCGAUGAUUCCUUAAUGCUUAAAUUUGGAGCGGAUGAGGCUUUUACAUGUUGUAUAACAGGUGAGCAAGAUACAUCCUCUAGCUACACAUUGUUUGCUGCGUGGAACUCGGCAGCUGGAGCAGGUACCACCACUGAAACCUACACUCUCGCUGUCGGUUACUAUCCAAUUGUCAUGAACUACUGUAAUAAACAAAUUCCAGCUAGUUUAGACUUUAGUAUCACGAAACCAGAUGGUACCAUAAUAACAGAUUUCUCAAAUAUAUUGCAGUUUGAAGAUUUAACAACUAGUUGUCCAGCCACAGUUACUACUACUAUUGAAUGGACUGGAACUACCACUGCAACUACAACUAUCUCAGGUGGUGAUUUGUCAACAGAGACCGUUGAAGUCUUGACUCCUGAGCACGUAACCACCGUUACUUCUCAAUGGGAUAACACGGGAACGUCAACAUUGACAAUUAUUCCAGCAGCAACCGACGGAACUACUACGAUUAUAGUAGAGAUACCAACACCCGUUACAACAAUAACUAGUACAUGGACUGGCACGGAUACUGAGACUACUACCAUACCUGCCGCAGAAGGCGGUACUGCUACUGUUAUUAUUGAGGUGCCAACUCCUACUACUACUAUUACCAGUACAUGGACCGGUACUGAUAUUGAGACCACUACCAUACCUGCCGCAGAAGGCGGUACUGCCACUGUUAUCAUUGAAGUGCCAACUUCUACUACUACUGUAACUAGUACAUGGACCGGUACCGACAUUGAGACUUAUACAGUCACUGCCUCUAAUGGCGGCACUGACACUGUGGUAGUCGAAGUACCCACUCCAACUACCACUGUCACCAGCACAUGGACCGGCUCCGACACUGAGACCUAUACUAUUACCGCCUCUAAUGGAGGUACAAAUUCGGUUGUGAUCGAAGUACCAACUCCAACGGUAACCACCACUUCCACCUGGACUGGGUCCGACACCGAGACAUAUACUAUUACUGCGUCUGACGGAGGUACAGAUACUGUUGUGAUCGAAGUACCAACUCCAACGGUAACCACUACCUCAACUUGGACUGGCUCACAUAAGGAGACGUAUACAAUCACUGCCUCUAAUGGUGGCACCGAUACUGUUGUGAUCGAAGUGCCAACUCCAACGGUAACUACGACAUCAACUUGGACUGGAACCGAUACCGAGACUUAUACUAUUACUGCGCCUGAAGGCGGAAAUGAUACAGUCGUUGUUGAAGUACCUACACCGACCACCACGGUGACUAGUACCUGGACCGGCUCUGAUACCGAGACGUAUACUAUUACCGCAUCGGACGGUGGAACUGAUACUGUCGUGAUCGAUGUUCCUACCCCUACCACUACGGUUACUAGUACAUGGACCGGCUCUGAUACCGAGACGUACACUAUCACCGCAUCGGAUGGUGGAAUCGAUACAGUUGUUGUUGAAGUACCUACCCCUACCACUACAGUGACUAGUACAUGGACUGGCUCUGAUACCGAGACGUACACUAUCACCGCAUCGGACGGUGGAAUCGAUACUGUCGUAGUGGAAGUGCCAACUCCAACUGUAACUACGACAUCAACUUGGACUGGCUCUGAUACCGAGACGUAUACUAUCACCGCAUCAGAUGGUGGAAUCGAUACUGUCGUAGUGGAAGUACCUACUCCUACCACUACACUGACUAGUACAUGGACCGGCUCUGAUACCGAGACGUAUACUAUUACCGCAUCGGACGGUGGAACUGAUACUGUCGUGAUCGAUGUUCCUACCCCUACCACUACGGUUACUAGUACAUGGACCGGCUCUGAUACCGAGACGUACACUAUCACCGCAUCGGAUGGUGGAAUCGAUACAGUUGUUGUUGAAGUACCUACUCCUACUACUACGGUGACUAGUACAUGGACGGGUUCUGAUACCGAAACGUACACUAUCACCGCAUCGGAUGGUGGAAUCGAUACAGUUGUCGUCGAAGUACCUACCCCUACCACUACAGUGACUAGUACAUGGGCCGGCUCCGAUACCGAGACGUAUACUAUUACCGCAUCGGACGGUGGAACUGAUACUGUCGUGAUCGAUGUUCCUACCCCUACCACUACGGUUACUAGUACAUGGACCGGCUCUGAUACCGAGACGUACACUAUCACCGCAUCGGAUGGUGGAAUCGAUACAGUUGUUGUUGAAGUACCUACUCCUACUACUACGGUGACUAGUACAUGGACGGGUUCUGAUACCGAAACGUACACUAUCACCGCAUCGGAUGGUGGAAUC